AUGAUCGGAGACUCAAGGGAAAUGGCGUUACGGCGAUUUAUUCAGCUAGAGAGGCGUUUUAAGCGGGAUGAAGCACUGCGUGAGCGGUACAGUGACUCAAUACGAGAGUAUUUGAACAACGGGCACAUAGCAUUAGUCGAAGAGGCGGAGGAAAGUUCCAAAGAGCAGCUCGUGUGUUACUUACCACACCAUCCGGUCGUCAAGGAGUCGAGCACGACUACAAAGAUUCGGCCGGUGUUCGAUGGAUCAGCCAAGACGACCAAUAAUUAUUCCCUCAACGACGGACUGAUGACGGGAUCAGUUAUCCAGGAUCACCUAAUCGAUCUGAUCCUGCGUUUCCGCAAGCACAAGGUGGCGUUAGUCGCGGACAUCGAGAAGAUGUACCUACAGGUGAAGGUACAUUCGGACGACUGUCAAUUCCAGCGCAUUCGGUGGGGCUUCUCCCCAUCCGAUCCGAUCAGGACGUACGAACUACAGCGGGUAACAUUUGGUUUGGCACCGUCUUCUUUUCUCGCCAUUCGAUCACUUCAUCAGUUGGCGGAAGACGAAGGUGCUGUGUUUCCACGAGCGAAAGCAGCGCUCGUGAAUGAUUUCUAUGUAGACGAUUACAUCGGUGGUGCUGAUUCUGAGGAAGAAGCAAUUUUGUUGAGGCAGGAGUUUGAGCAGCUGUUACCAAAAGGUGGUUUUCGGUUGCGCAAAUGGAAUUCCAGUACGAAAGGCGUGCUGGAAGGUGUGUCUGCAGAGGACUUGGGAACGCAAACAACGUUGACGUUCAACAAAGAAGAGCAGGUGAAGAUGCUAGGGGUCACUUGGGAACCGGGGCCGGAUGUACUUGGCAUCGACGUAUCGACUUCCAGCAUAAUCGGUUGCUGGACUAGGCGGCAGGUGUAUUCGGUCAUUGCACGACUUUUCGACCCACUUGGUCUCAUAGGUCCAGUUAUAGCGUGGGCCAAGAUUCGAAUGCAACAGCUCUGGGUGGCCACACGAGACUGGGAUGAGCCACUAUCACAAGAACUGGCGGAACGGUGGACACAGUUCUACGAACAACUUCCAUUCCUCUCUGAAGUGAGGGUGAAUCGCUUCGCUUUCUGUUCACAGCCACAUCUGGUGCAAUUUCACAUUUUCUCGGAUGCAUCGGAGGCGGCAUAUGGCGCGUGUGUUUAUGCUCGGACGAUGAGCCAAACGAGGCAAAUCAAGGUGGAGUUGUUGUCGUCGAAAUCACGUCCCGCGCCGCUGAAAAGGGUCAGCGUCGCAAGGUUGGAACUUGGCGGAGCGUUGCUGGCAGCCAAACUCUACCAAAAGGUUCGACAUGCGCUAAAGAUGGAAGAAACGGAAGCAUGGUUUUGGUCCGACUCGACUGUCGUCCUUUGCUGGUUGCGAUCACCAUCCUAUGUCUGGCCGACGUACGUUGCGAACCGUGUCUCACAGAUCCAGGAAUGGACGAAAGGACAUCGAUGGAAUCACGUCAAGGGGACGGAGAACCCUGCCGAUCUCGUGUCACGAGGAGUCUUGCCGAAGGACUUUGUCAGCCUUCAACACUGGUUUCACGGUCCUGCUUGGUUGUCGCUGCUGGACCAACUCUGGAACAAACCCCACACGGUUUGA